AUGGCAGUACUUGAAAGAGGCCCGAGAGGAGAACCCGCAUUCCCAGGACAGGUAUAUCAUUGCUCACAGGACACUCCCAGCAUGACUCUCCCAGGCGUCCGUGGCCAUGUUGGCAGCGUUUCGCCGCCUAAUUUGUACAGCGGCGUCGGGGAGCUUCCCUACCCGAACCUGCAGCACCACUACGGUGCCUUUGCCAACACUGUUACACCACCCACGCUCUCACCUCCGCCCGAGAAACCCGUCACGCCCACGAGGGAAGCGCACACAUCGCCCUGGUGGAGUUCAACUGCUUAUAACACGCCCACUUCUCACGCCACUUAUGGUUAUCCAUUCCAUCUUUAUCAGCAGCACGCCAGUCUCGCUGGACCUUUGGUGUGCCAAAGCAACCCAAGCCUCUUUCCGCAUCAAGCGAAUACCUUCUCACAAGAUAACAUCCUUCACCAGCAAAGACGCGUCGCUUCUGCUUUCAACGGGUCUGUCGGUGCUCGGCGUUGUCGACGAUGCCGCUGCCCCAAUUGCCAGGACGCCUCGCGAAAUAGGAAAGGCGCCAAGAAGAAGGAACACAUCUGCCAUGUCCCGGGAUGUGGCAAGCUCUAUGCCAAAACGUCUCACCUGAAGGCACAUCUGCUUUUACACACCGGAGAGCGACCUUUCGUGUGUCACUGGAUGUACUGCGACAAGGCGUUCACUCGCUCCGAUGAACUGCAGCGUCACCUCAGAACGCACACGGGCGAAAAACGUUUUCAGUGUGAACAGUGCGGAAAACGUUUCAUGCGAUCUGAUCACUACAACAAACACGUCAAGACUCACGAAAACCGACGCGCCCGCAUUGCUCCUGCUUCUCCUGUCGAAGGCGACGACGUCGAUGUUGAGUUGUGUGAUGAUAUUGCUAACAUUAAUAGCAUGGAAUUUAACUCAUUCGCAUUGCCAGAUUCUCCCGUAUCUGAAGCAGAUUUGCAGGAGUCUGCUUUGGACGUCGGAGACGGCAUUUUGUCUUUGAGUCCUAAUAAAGAUGUCUUCUUUGGCCUCUUCAUGUGUGACCUGAAAUGA